AUGAGCGUCGAUGAGCUGUUACGCGUCUUUCAACCGGGUCCUGGCCAGCCAUCUAGCCCCGAAAUUCUAGACCCGAGUCUAGCCCUGCAAUACGUCAGGCGCACUUUGGGAGAAAAUUCUAUACCUUUGACGUCAGCAGCUUCUGUUAUCAAGGCACCGACAAGCAGCGACCCUGUGAGCAGGGACUGGCCUAACGGGACCAACGGGGAAUUUGACGAAGGGGAUGACGAAGGGGACGACGAAGAGGAUGACGAAGAAGACGAUGAAGAGGAUGACGAAGAAGACGAUGAAGAGGACUACUCAGGGAGUGACAUGGAAUAUUCCGAUAUCGAAGGGUUUAAGGAAUGGGAGUUUGAAGAGAACCCCAGCGGGUAUGUCCCUGGCGAAGAGCUCAGAGUCAUGAACUUUUGGCGGAACCGUGGUGUCUAUGGACGGCCAACCUGGAGAGACAUAAAGGCUUAUAUGGAUGGAGUGCGACUCUGA